AUGGCGGUGCGGAAGAAAGACGGCGGCCCGAACGUAAAAUAUUUCGAAACGUCUGAUACCGUCUCGCAAUUCGACAAUGUCCGCGUUUGGUUGGGCAAGAAUUAUAAAAAGUACAUCCAGGCGGAGCCCCCCACCAACAAGUCUCUGUCCAGCCUGGUGGUCCAGCUGCUGCAGUUUCAGGAGGAGGUGUUCGGACGACACGUCAGCAACCCACCUCUCACCAGGCUGCCGAUGAAGAGUUUCCUGGACUUUAAGUCUGGUGGGGCUCUCUGCCACAUUCUGGCAGCAGCCUACAAGUUCAAGAGUGAUCAGGGCUGGCGCAGGUUUGACUUUCAGAAUCCUUCUCGGAUGGACCGCAAUGUGGAGAUGUUCAUGACUAUCGAGAAAUCCCUGGUACAGAACAACUGUCUGAGUCGACCAGUGAUCUACCUGAGCUCUGACAUUGAGGCCAAGCUGCUGGGGAAACUGAAGGACAUAAUCAAGAGGCACCAGGGCUCAGUGACUGAAGACAAGACAUGCAGCUCCCAUGUGGUGGUUCCCAUCCCUGCCAGUCUUGAGGAGGAGGAGUGGGUUCGUCCGGUGAUGAAGAGAGACAAGCAGGUGCUGCUCCACUGGGGAUACUCUCCUGACAGCUAUGACACCUGGAUCUCAGCCAGUGAGGUGGAGGCAGCUGUGGAAGAUCCGCCCAGCCCAGAGAAACCCAGGAAGGUCCAUGCCAAGUGGAUCCUGGACCUGGACCAGUUUAAUGAGUGGAUGAAUGAGGAGGACUAUGAGGUCGGAGAGGGGGGCCCCAAGAGGAAGAGGAUCUCAGCCAAGACCCUGACGGACGAGGUGACCAUCCCAGGGGACGAGCGCCGGGACAAGAAGCCCGGCAGCGCCAAGAAGAGGAAGCGCUCACCCUCCCCCUCGCCCACUCCAACAUCCCAGGAGAGCAAGAAGAAGAACACCAAGAAAGGGCCCACCACCCCGUACACUAAGUCUAAGCGAGGCCAGAGAGAGGAGGAGCCAGAGGAUCUGACUAAAGAUCUGGAUGAACCAUCACCUGUACCUGCUGUAGAGGAGGUCACCCUACCUAAGACAGCCAACACUAAGAAAGACUCUGAGUUGACACCAGUGAAAGGAGGUACCAUGACAGACCUGGAUGAGCAAGAGGAUGAAUCCAUGGAAACUGCAGAAAAGGAGGAGGAGGAGGGCUCUCCGAGUGUGAAAGGAGAGCCAGUGAAAGGGUCGGACCUCCAUGAGGACAACGUGACUGAGCAGACCCACCACAUCAUCAUUCCCAGCUACGCUGCAUGGUUUGACUACAACAGUGUCCAUGCUAUUGAGCGUAGAGCCCUCCCAGAGUUUUUCAAUGGCAAGAACAAAUCCAAAACCCCUGAGAUUUACCUGGCCUACAGGAACUUUAUGAUUGACACUUACAGGCUGAACCCGCAGGAGUACCUCACCUCCACCGCCUGUCGUAGGAACCUGGCCGGAGACGUGUGCGCCAUCAUGAGGGUGCAUGCAUUCCUGGAGCAGUGGGGUCUGAUCAACUACCAGGUGGACUCAGAGAGCCGGCCCACCCCCAUGGGCCCCCCGCCCACCUCCCACUUCCACGUCCUGGCUGACACCCCUUCCAGCCUGGUGCCCCUGCAGCCCAAGGCAUCCCAGACUCCGGCGGCCCAGCAGAUUCUGUCAUUCCCAGAUAAGGUGAAGGAGAAGCAGCCAGCCGACCUGCAGAACUUUGGCCUGAGGACAGACAUGUACAGCAAGAAGACUGGGCCUCCUAAGAGUAAGACUGCUGCCAAUGCCAUGCGAGACUGGACCGAACAGGAAACACUACUGCUGCUAGAGGGUCUGGAGAUGUACAAGGAUGACUGGAACAAGGUGUCAGAGCACGUGGGCUCACGUACCCAGGAUGAGUGUAUCCUGCACUUCCUGCGUCUGCCCAUUGAGGACCCAUACCUGGAGGACAUGUCCUCGUCCCUGGGCCCCCUGGCCUACCAGCCCGUCCCCUUCAGCCAGGCAGGCAACCCCGUCAUGAGCACCGUGGCCUUCCUGGCCUCCGUGGUGGACCCCCGCGUGGCCUCCGCAGCCGCCAAGUCUGCCCUGGAGGAGUUUUCCCGUAUGAAGGAGGAGGUCCCAGCAGCACUGGUGGAGGCCCAUGUGAGGAGGGUGGAGGAGGCGGCGCGGGCUAGUGGCAGACAGGACCCCCUCUACGGCCUGGAGGGCAGCGGCAUCGCAGGCACCAGCCUGGAGGAAGGAGACAAACCUGAAGAGAGCAGUGAGGAGAGUAAGAGUGACAGCCAAUCCAGUGAGGAGAAGAGGGAGACCAAGGAGAAUAAAGAUGGAGCCAUGGAAGAGGAUGAGAAGCAAGGAGAAAACGGGAAGAAAGAGGAGGAGAGAGGGAGAGAGGGAGAAGGAGAGAGAGACCGAGAGUCUGAGAAGACAGAGACAGAGAUGGGUGAGAAGGAGAAGGAAGGGAAGGAGGCCUUGGAGGAGGGCCAGAGAGAAGGAGAGAGCGAAGGCGAAAGGAAGGCGAAGGUGGAACGGGAUGUGGGAGAGGGGAACCUGGCUACCGCUGCUGCCUCUGCCCUGGCUGCUGCUGCCGUCAAAGCCAAGCACCUGGCUGCUGUGGAGGAGAGAAAGAUCAAGUCUCUGGUGGCUCUGCUGGUGGAGACUCAGAUGAAGAAGCUGGAGAUCAAACUGAGACACUUUGAAGAGCUGGAGACCAUCAUGGACCGAGAGAGGGAGGCUUUGGAGUACCAGAGGCAGCAGCUGCUGGCAGACCGUCAGUCGUUCCACAUGGAGCAGUUGAAGUAUGCAGAGAUGAGGGCGCGUCAGCAGCACUUCCAACAGAUCCAGCACCAGCAGCAUAGCCAGACUGGAGGCCCACACCCCGCCCCGGCUCCCACGGGCCCCCCACCCCAGGGCCCCUCAGCCACCCAGUCCCAGCCGGCCCCUAGUAUCCCUGCACCACAAACAGCUCCCAGCCCAGCACCCUCUGCCUCCUCCGUCCCCAUGACUGGCCCUUCCUCUGCCCAGGCCCAGCCCACUGAGCCCCAGCCGACCCCCAGUGGUCCUCACUCCUCACCUCCCCGUCCGCCAGGCCACUCCAGCACCAACACCACCCCAACACUCCACGAGUCCAGCGCCCCUGGGGAUACACUCCACUCCUCAACCGCUGCUCCCACUCCACAGUGAAAAGAGAGAAAGAAAGAGAGAGAGGAGGGAGAGAGAGGAGGGAAGAAGAGAGAGAGACAGGAAAAAGGUCUUGGCAAACUGAAUGACAUUGACCACUUUGUACCUAUGAAUUCUGCCUGUAUCAUCUGAAAAUGAAGAAGUCAAACUGAAGGAGAUACAACAAACUUUGAUCAUUUUUAACAUUUGGACGAUUGACAUGCGAAAGAAAAACAAAACAAAAACAUUCCCUACCGGAAUGAAUAUUGGGUGGAAACAACCCCCUUAAAAUUACUCCCAACUAAAAAGAAAAUGCAAAUGAAGAGUUUUCAAACGAACAGUCUUCUUUUUACAGACACAAGUUGCUUAAUUACUUUCCCCCUUCACAUCGGACCCAAGGUUAAACCAAGAGAGUAUUGUCAUGUAAAUACGCCACCUGACCUGAGGAUAUGAAGAGAACUAAAGGACUCUUGUCUUAGCAGUCCUCUGAAUAGUGGUGCUUUUGUUUUCUUCUAUAGUGUACUGAGGGUCAGAUGUUCCCAGCCAUGUUCACAGACAUACCUACCUACCUAUUCUCCCAAGGUACCCUAGUAGGUACUUAGAAUUGAAAGAUGAUUUUUUUUUUUUUAAGAAAAAAAGAUUUGCACUUUGAAAAUAUGUUUCUCCGGUGGCCAUAUCUGAAGACAAAUCAUUAUUAACUAAGGGCUCUAUUCAAUUAGAUCCGCUUUAGACAACAUCCGCAAAGCUGUUGUUGUGGCUGUGUCAGAGGUGGAACUGCGUUAGAGCUGUCAAAUAGCACAAGCGGCUCCUGGCAUUAUACCUAAAGCGUACAUUGCCAUUGGCUGCAUGAAGUAGCAUUAAGGGCUUUAGUUCAGCGUUACACCCUGAUUGAAAUUUAAAAGGCAGUGUUCCCGCAUUAGCAGCGACUGUGUUCACGGUAAACACUGCAUAUGUCGGCUCAAUCGGAAAAUACCAUUGCAUUUCUAUCCUGGAAUCUGUAACACUUCAGCUUUACAGAUUGAAUAGAGCCCUACAAGAAUACCAUGCAGCCUUGUUUACAAGUUUAAAUACAGGAAUGUGUGAUGUAAUCUACAACUCGAUUAGGCUGAUAGAAAUCCUCAUUAUUUCGUUGAAUGAUUUUCAAUUUGAGCGUCAUUAUUUCUAUAUAGCCUAGCCAUUUUCUCAUUCUGAACUUGUAAUGUGAGACGGGUAUGACUACCUGACAAUAAUCAAGAGCAGCUGCUCACCGAUUUGACAGUUCCAACACCGCCAAAACAUCAGAUAUGUGGGUGUCGGCUAUCGCCGCUUAACGCUUGAUCUGAUUGAAUCUGGGCCUAAAUUGACCUGAAGCACAUAAUUGUUUUCUUGUUUUUAACUUUUACUAGGAUGUCAUAGUUUCGCAAUAUGAGAUCAUCAAGCUUGUUGUCCUAUGUUAGUGAAUGUGGUGUUAUAGAGCUUUGGGGUUGGCCUGUUGGUUAGAUGUAUCCUAAACUAAAAAGUAUGUGUGAGGGCAAUGAAAACGAAUGGUAUUACUCUUUGUAAUAAUAUGUAUUCCACUUGAAAACGGUCUCAUCUGGCCCUACUGCCAUUUCAGUUAGUAAGACUAUGUACUGUUAGCUGGAUUUUCUGUUUACAAUGCUGACAAAUGAUUCACUCCAAUUUGAAGGGACAAAAUCCCUAUAUUACUGAGCAUUAGAAACCACUUAAAGUAUUGAUGAAGGGCAACAUACUCCCAGAGUUACAGUGCCCCCGAGGACCCACAAGGACCAGGUCACAAUGUCCUAAAAGUCCUCAUUUUAAAGGGACAGUGCAGUCAAAAACUUUAUUUUCCCUGUGUUUUAUAUGUUUCCACACUAUGAGGUUGGAAUAAUGCUGUAAAAUUGUGAAAAUUAUGAUAAUCCUCCUUUAAUUAGUCCCCUCACUCAGACCACAUCGACAGUCCGAGCAACAUUCUUGCUUGAGAAAUUGCUUUUAGCUAAGAAGCUAUUUUUGUUUGUUUUCAGUUAGAAUGGUCUAAAAUAAUCAGGUACUUAAUUGUUAUCCAGAAGUGAUUUGAUAUUGUAUAAAAACAUCUUCAGUGGCCCUUCAACUCUAUUUUGUUUUUGAACAUUCAUAUCUGAAACACUUCUGAAACAGUUGGGCUUUUAUAGAGCAGAUCGUAAUCAUAAGACAAGCAGUAACUACACAGAUAUGAUUUGUAUUCAUGUCUGCGUCAUAUUUGGAUUCUGUCAGUAUGUCCAGUAUGGCUCGUCAGUAUCAGUCAAUCAUACCAUUGUAAAGAUUAUACUCUAAAGUAAUGACUGGAUGUAGGCUCCAGAAGAACCCUAUUAGCAACUUCAGACAUAAGACAUCACCGUCACAACUCUUCCUUCAUUGAUAAACCGACAUCCAUUUUAAUCAUGUUUGCCAUUUUCUCUAUAUAAGUCAGUGGGGUGUAGCCGGAGUUUUGGAAAUCCAGAUUUUUAUAGUUUGUGUUUUUCCAAUGACAGGUCCAACUCACCUGAAGUGAUUACUAUGUAAUGGAAGUGGCUUUACUGUUACAAAAGAACUGUGCAAGUCAAGGGAUCUCAAGACAGUUCAGUUUAUAGAGAAUUCUGUCCAUUAAUAUUUGUAACAAUAUCUUUAUGUAUCCUAUUUUUAUAUUUUUUGACUGUCAGGUUUUCCAUCUUGUUUCUUUGAUAUUACUGUUUGCAUCUAAUUGCUGUAUUUUUGUAACCUCUCACUGUCAUGUGCGUGGUCCUAAUAGGUCACAAUGACCUGUCAGUCAGUGUGACUGUGAGCAUGGGUGUGAAUGCAUGUCAUGAAGAUCUGUUUCCCCUAAGAGUUCCAUCUUCCCACAGUGUUUGAUAAGGGCUGAGGGAUUGUGAUGCUCAUAGUUUGGUAUGUCUGUAUGAGAACACGCACCAGCACAUCACACACAUUCUGACAGUGUCAUAUAUACUCUGAUGAAACUUGUCCAGAUAGCCAGUGUUAGAAACUUCACUAGUCGUGACCAUGGAUGGACUGCUUUGGUCUCCAUUGUUACAUUGUGUGGAUUUCGUGAUAUGAAAUACAUGUCCGUCCAGAUUGUUUUUCAUGAUUGCACAGUAGAAAUGAACCUUUCCUCAGUUAAACCGUUACCGAAUUAGUGUCAGUUGCUCUGCAGUUCGUAUUAAAGGUUUUACUUACAAAAAGUUUUAAAAAACCAUGUAAUAAAUGUGACGUGUACAGGUU